UUCAUGAUCACAUGCCGCUGUCUCCCACCACCGCCAGACAGACGAGAAAAUGAAGACAGCCACUUUCUGGCGCCAUCAGCACGGCAAAGCGCCAGCUAAACGACGCCCUGCUCCUUUCUACUGCCCGACUUAGCACCUCGGACUUGUCUUUCCUUUACCCUCCUCACGUGCUCGGCCCGUGUUUCCUUCACAAGGCACGCAACCGCCCUCAAAGUGCAUCGCUACACAACACACUUGCCUCCGUUGUAAGCGCAUGGCUGCUGCACGACGCCUUGCUUUGUCCGAUCCCUACACAUCACUCCACUGCCCCCUUUUUCCCCUCGGACUUGUCUUUCCGGGAAUAAAAAGCCACUACAAUACACCUUCCGCUUAACUCGGUGCAGAGAAAAUGCACGGCAUCCUGUACUCUCGGCGCACAGCUGGGCACAUUUCGUCCGGUCGUGAUUGGCCUGUGCCUCCUCUGUAAAAGCCACGUAACCGCCUUCAUAGCGCACUCCUUCUUUCCAUACAAAACUUGUGCCUCCGUCGCAGGCAACAUCGGUUAGUUCUGGAAGAGGUCUACCGGGCAAAAACUUUUUGCUAUAAGAUUCGGAGUCUUGAGGAGCUGAGAUGGCGAUGUCAUCUUCGGCGCGGGAGAUGGACAGGGUAAGAUAGCCAUUUGCAUCCGUGGCAUUUGAUCCAGCUAUCACGGCCCUCUCGGGCCGGAAAUGAGCCUCAUUGCCGAGAAAUGUGUGAGUGCUGGCCGUCCAUCGGGACGUGUUCAAGCCACUAAAGUCGUCAGUCCAUCUGAGAGUGAAACCUGAGCGAGACAGCCAUAAACUGCGCUUCCUGUCCUUUCUUUCCUCUUCAGACCUUUGGAAAAUGGUUCGUAGUCGUACACCCUCACAUAGUCGUAAUACACGGUGAGUGGUAGCUUAGCGUUUUUCCGAUCGAAGAUUCCAGCCCAGUGCUCGGCCCAUGGCAUUGACGGAUCGAGUGGCCACACGGACAUCCUGAGAUUCAUCGCCUUGUUGAGCCGGGCGACUUGAGGGCUGCACUCUUCCGCGUCUGCUCCGCGAGCAUCGCAGGACACUUCGUGGCGUAGGCGGUGUCCAUCAAAAUACCAUGAAACGUAGCUUGGCGUCCACUCGAUAGCAAAGUGAUGAAAACUAUCUUUUAUGGCUUUCAUUUGUGCAUUCAUGUUCUUUCGGUGGCGCGGAGCGGCAAGAAACAUCUCGGACAGGGUGCGCCGUCCCAUGUUGCCUGUUACAAUGUUGGUCUGAAUCGGUUCCGCGCUGUGUUUCCCCAUGCCGUGCACUUCAAAGUCAAUCUCCGUCCACGAUGUGCCCGGCACUUUGUCACUGUCAUUCUUGUAGAGGAAGAAGGCAACGAGGGUUCCAUUAGCGCGGAGGUCAGGAAACAGGCGGGUCUCGAACCGUCCAUACUUGAAAGUCUCCACGGUGGCUACCUCUGCAGCGUCGAACUUGCGUCCACAGUCGCCGUAACACGACCCUACAGCCAGGCACGAACAGUCAGGUCGGAAAGGAGAGUAGAAAUUGAAGGGGACGGCCGCUUACCUCCUGCUCCAGGACAGCGGCACACGCCGGUAUCAUGGGACACCUGGAACGAGACAGAAGCAUUGUGCCGACGGCCGAUGAGCGGAUCACAGGUUCCGCUUCUUAGGUCGCAGCUUAUGGCAUCUCCUGGUGCGCCGGUGUCGCUGUCGGCGAUGCAAAGCCCACGUUGCUGCACAAAACUUGUCAGUGUGACCAAAGCCAACACCGUGACGUUCGAAUGAAGAAGGUGCCCUCGUUUCAUAAGACGUAUGCAUCCCUUAACGGUUCGUAACUGCGAUGAAAAAAUAAAAAAGAAAAGCUGCACAGACGCCCCAGAUUUGCCUCCAGAUUUGCGCAUGGACGUGAUGCAAACACUACAAACAAACGACUCCCUGACAAACUUGAGCUCCACCAGGACGAAACAAG